AUGACUGCAACAAGCAAAAGAUAUCUGAUGCGAACCAAGUCCCUGGUUCCUUAUGAACUGUUGAAUAAAAAAUUUCGUUCUGCUCAGAAAAACAUCGACCGUGAGAUUUCUCAUCUACAAAUUGUUGGUAAUGACUUGGAGAAGUGCCUGCAGAAGAAGCCUGUCACCGUUGGAGAGGUUACAAAAGCCCUUGAUUCAGUCGUCGAAAAACUGACCUUUCUUAAACGCAAGGCUGACGAAAGUAUAAACGACGAACUGGAAGCUGCGCAGAUGACCAAACGCCGAGUGGACCACUUGAAAGAAUAUGAUAGCAACCAAUCCAGUGCUGUGUCCUUGUGGAAGAAAACGCGCCUCGACCGAAUGUUAGUAGAGUAUUUUCUCAGAGCCGGCUAUUACAACGCAGCACUUCGGUUGGCAAAACACUCUCAUAUUGAGGAUUUAACAAAUAUUGAUCUAUUUUUAACUUCAAAAGAAGUGGAAGAGUCUCUUCUACGGCGGGAGACGUGUCUUUGUUUAUCUUGGUGCCAUGACAACAAAUCAAAACUGCGGAAAUUAAAGAGUACGUUGGAAUUUAAACUCCGCCAACAAGAAUUUAUUGAACUUAUUCGAAAUGACCAGAGAUUGGAAGCGAUAAAGCAUGCCAGAAAGUAUUUCACAAACUUAGAAGACGACCAAAUGGCAGAUGUACAGAAGAGUAUGGGGCUCCUGGCUUUCCCUUCAGACACUAGCAUUAGUCCAUACAAGGUAAUCUUCCUUUUAUUUUCUAUCAUUGUCCUUGCUAAUGCUGUCUGUGGAUGAAGUAAAAGAUGAUAG